AUGGGACGUCCAGGUGAGGGUUCGUUUGUGUGGGUGCGUGUAUGUAGGUGCAGUGAUUGUGCUUUCACUGCAUCAGUCCCACGAAGUUUCAUCACUCCGCCCUCCCACCCACUCUCCCUCCAACAUCAUUACCGUGGUGAUUGGUGCAGUGGCAGCGAUCAAUACCACCUUGGCUGCCUCCAAAAUUUCAAUUUGCCUCCGCCUGAUAAACGCAAAUUCCACAAAUGUCCUACCGCUGCACCUACGUCGACAGCGCUGUUAGUAGCUGUAACGCAUCGGAUCACAGAUCUCCAGGAACAGUUGAGGAGCGCCUCAUCAAGGGAAGAGGAACAACGAAGCCAACUGGAGUGCGCCCUCGAAACGAAUAAAGAGACCCUAGAACAGCUCACUCAGGCCACCACGAGGAUCGACGGCCUGCAAUGGGAGGUCGACCAUCUCACCAACGAGAACCAUAGACUUCAUGAACAGUUGGCCGCAAGCGAGGCACACUUCGAGAAGUCGAUGAUAGCGCAUCAGGCAACCGGGUUGGUGGAACGCAGUCGUGAGAGAGAAGCGGUAAGGGAGGAAUACGAACACGUCCUGUUGUGCUACAAAAACUCUCUCGCGGAAAUGGAGGCUAAGAUGAUGAAGAAGGAUAGGACGAUCAGGUCAGCUGAAUUUUUGGGUCCUUCCUCAUUGCAGCACAUUCAAAACAUGGAGUCAAAAGUGAACAAACUGAAGUCCGAGAUGCUUCAGCUACAGAACCGUCUACAAGCCUCUGAGAGUCGCCGCGUCGCCGGUCCGGAAAAGCCAUUAGUUGAGGAUCGACAGGGCAAACCACCUGAAGUCAGGCGAUAUCAAAAGCCUCCCGCUUCUACCUCCGCCACUGGUACCAUCUCGUCAGCGACGAGACCUGCAAAUCGAGCCGUUAGCAUUGGCGGCCAAGCCUGCAAUCGCUCUAGAUGCAUUUCUGGCGGUGACGGCGUCUCCCCCAUCUACCCCAAUGAGGGCUCGCCACCUCCUUACCGCAUGAUCAGGACCUCAGCUCCCACCAACACCCACGCCGCAUAUCUCGGCGGCCAUCGAAGCGCUCCCGAUUUCGCUCUCACACACCACGGGGGUAUGAAUUCCUUCGGGCAAACAAGUUGGCCCUGGCGAUUGACAACAUUCUGGAAGUGUCACAGAAUUAGUAAAAUCUCGAGGGAGGAGGAAGAGAUGUAA